AGCAGCGAUGUUCUCUCCAGACCGCACCAUUUAUGGGGAGAUCCGGCAGCAGCACAUGGUUGACAGCACAACUCUAUCCCCAAUCCAAUGCGUCAAUCGCUCUCGUCUGCGGAGCGGGGAAAUCCGCCCCCUCGGAGGAAGUCAUGCACUGGCUGCAUCAAGGCCAAACGUCGUUGCGACCUGGGCUGGCCUGCUUGCCUAAGAUGCUCGCAGCGGAAGAUGGAAUGCAGGUAUUCACCGACACCAGCAGCUAAAAGGAAAUUCAACAGGGCAGGGGAUUCUAUGCAAGCACUGCAAGGGGAUUCUUCAGUGCCAAACUCGGAACUGCCCCUUGGACUGUCUCAUUGGGAUCUUCAACUGGGCCAACUGGAACCUGCAGCUUCACUUACAUCCCUGAUGGGCAAUAGCUCGCCGCAAAUGGAUUGCAGCCUCAGUAUGUUGGACUACAUUAUGGAUACUCCUGAGGAUACAUUGAACGAGAUCCUGGCCGUGGAGCCUUCCUCUGCCCAGCUUGACCUCAUUCCUUACCCGCAAUACACACCAAUGCAGCAAGCCACCCUUAUUUCAACACGGUUUCAGUACGCCCUUGAUGAGAUUAUUAAAGCUCCCAAAACAAUGGUUUUCGAAACCCAAACACCGUGGUGUCAUCCUCAGCUUUACAAGGAUCAUAUGCCCCGGUCCAUGCAGGACGCCCAUGCCUGCUGCGGUCUCUACAUAGCAAAGAACCCCACCAACUCCACCAUCAUCUUACGCACGAUCGAGGCCCGAGUCCAAGACCUGGUCUCCUCCCCGCUUCCCACCUCUCCCCUAGACCUCCUCGCCCACACCCACGCCCUCCUCCUCUACCAGAUCAUCCGCCUCUUCGACGGCGACAUCCGCGCCUCGGGCACCGCCGAGGCGACCAACCCGGCCCUCGAGGCCGCCUGCAUGGCCCUGCUGGACCACAUCAGCCUCGACCACCCGCCGCCGCCCGGCUCCGCCGCCGAUGGCCGGGAGGCCCUGCCGCUGCACCCGCUGGGCGCCACGCGCGCGUUCUGGGAGGGCUGGGUGUUCCAGGAGUCGGCGAGCCGCACGUUCCCCAUGACGCUCUUCAUGCUGCAGCUGUACCGCCUGCUCAGGGCCCAGCGGCCGAUGCAGUGCGUCGGCAGGGUUUGCGCGCGCCGCUCGUGGACGCUGUCGGCGCAUCUGUGGCGCGCGGCGGACGCGGUCGACUUUGCGGUCGCGUGGAGGGACAGGGACCAUUUCGUCGUUAGGGAUGGAAACGUAUUGGAAGUGGUUCGAGACGCCAGAGCCGAUGACAUUGAGACGUUUGGGAAGAUCCUUAUUUCGGCACUGAUGGGGAUUGAUGAAACAAAGGGCUGGUUGCUUUCGAGAGGAGGGUCCCUUUGAUUCACACAGGUUUGAAUUGCCACUCAUUGACACCCCUGUUUGCAGGUUGCGGAAAUUACUGUCUGCCUUGUAUGGCGUUAGAUAUGAACGACUUCAGUCUUUUGGUGGCUAUGUGUUUGUUCUGGAACCAGUUACCGAUAUUCGCAUCGGGAUUACCGUUCUGGGCCUUGAACCUUGAGACAGGCAAUGGAUAUUUCCAUAUCCUAACGUUGACAGGAUCUUGUUUUGGUAGUCCUUCUCAAUUUGGAGGAUCAUACCGACGUAAUGAAUUAAUUGGUUGAUCAGAACGAAGGACUGGGUGCAUAGUUUGGAGGAACCUAGAAGUCCGUUUUUGACGCAGGUUUCCCCUUAGAAGAUGGCGAAUCAGUUGUGCGUGGAACUAAGUAUGACACGUCAAUCUGUAAUUACUUUGAGG